GUGGGCGUCAGGAGCUCGCGGCUCUUGUCACUUCAAGUCGUGCCAGCGGCGAGGCCUCCUCGCUUCGGCGGCGUCCCCCGGCGCAAUCUCGACAGCACAAACGACCAUCGGAGUGUCGACUGUUACCCACCGACAUUGCAUCUGGCUCCUGUCGCUCUCUCUCUCUGUCUGUCUCUCUAUGUUCGUCUCGAACUGUUCCUCUGUCUCCUGGUGGUAACCGGCGCGUUUAAAAUUCGGAUUAUGCGUGCGCGUUCGUGUGGGAAGUUCCUGCCAGGCGCUUCCAAGACCGAGAAGAAGUUGAAUGAAAAGUGAUUAAUUAUGUAGUGUCCAGCCUCGCCGAGGGGGGCCCCUUUAAGAUAUGCGUUUCUAUUUUCGGAGCUUCAUUAUAUCAGGUGCAUAUACCAUGCGCAGGGUGUAGUUGUAAUCUGUGUAAGGGCUGAAAAUGAAUGUGAUGCGUCAUAUCACAGUCUACAUACAAUAAUAGCAACAACAAGCACCAUCAGCAUUCAAAAGUGCUCUUACGACCGAGAUUGUCGCAUCAAAGCGUGCUGCGCAAAGGCAGUGGCUUCUCCCGAGGAGUAAGGCGGACGAGAAGGGGGAGAGGAAGGAGGAGACCACCAUCCUGGAAACUUCACAGGGAUGAAUGCUCAAAGCUGCAUUGUUACUACAGUGCAGCGGUCUCCGCCUGCACUCUGAAAACGCUGACUGCGAGAAAAGCCCUCCGCUCACAUGAAGAGAGAAAAGCGAGAUCGGGGGUGGGAGCCCUCGCGCGGCGGUCCGUGCGUCCCGUAGCACUCCACCCUCAUCACGUCAGCGAGACGCAUGCUCUGCGUAACCCAGCAGCAGCAGCGGCGGCGGCGGGAGCUUAGAGACACAGAGGCAGUGGUCAUCCGCGCCGCCCUUUGCAGACAUUGACACGCCGUUAGCAAAGCCCUCACCCCCAUUACGUGGGACAGACGGCAUCGCCAGAUCGCCACAGCAAGGAGAGAGACGCCCACGCGCUGUGUGCUCGACGGGAAUGACGGACGGGACGUUGCGCAAAUCGCGCAAAAUUGUCCGCACAAAUCUCCAGAAUUCACGGGCCUGAGAGCGCCUGCUCCGGGUUUCGGGGUGCACGCCGUGGGAUGAGGACGCCGACUGACCCGCAGUGAGAGCGCAACUCAGCGCCCUCUCUUUGGCUCCCGACGCCAGCCGAAGAUCCUUUCAUCACUCCCUGCAUCCGUCACCUACGUCCAUCCAUCUCAACACCCAUUCAUCACCUCUGUCUAUCUGUCCGCCUCUGCCAUUCUUCCAUCCAUCUGUCCAUCGCCUCCGUCCACCUAUCCAUUAAUCCCUCUCGUCAGUCACGUCCAUCCAUUUAACCAUCGCUCUCUCCCUCCGUCUCCCCACCGCAACCAUCUCUCCCUCGCUAGCCAUCUCCUGUGGCUGCUGGCUCCGCCGUGGCCGGUCGCCUACCCCCCAUCUCUCUCUCUCUCUCGCUGUGGCCAUGUACCGCGUGGCCCUGACGGCGCUCCGCCUGCUGCAGGCGAGACGAGCCCGGCCCGCGACCGCGUGGCGCGCCGCCGCUCUGCUCGCUCUGCUGCUGCUCGCCGCGCUCGUGCUGCGCGCCGACGUCUCGCGCCGCUCUCCGCGCCUCCUCCUGCCCCUCCCCGUCGCCACGCCGUCGGGCGGAGGGUCCGAGCUGCUCCAGGUGCAGCCCGAAGACCUGCCGGGGAACGGGGACCUCGAGGGCGCCGCGGACGACGCGGAGGGCAAUCCCGGGGCUCCAGCGCGCGUGGGAGCCGUGCCGCGCCUGCAGAUUAGGGCCCCCGCCAAGAAGCAGGCGAACGAAGCGAGGAGCUCUCAGCCCUGCAGCCGCUCUGACCACUACGGCCCCGACGAGCUGAAGCCUCACCUGGGGAGGCCCUCGCAGGACCCGCUGGCGCCCGGCGCCCGCGGGGCCGCGGUCCGUCUCGGGGCACUGUCGCCCGACGAGCUGGACGAGAAGGAGCGAGGCUUUGCCAAGCACUGCUUCAACGUGUUCGUCAGCGACCGCAUCUCCCUCCACAGGGACCUGGGGCCCGACACGCGUCCGCCCGAGUGCGUGCAGCAGAGAUUCCCGCGGUCGCCGCCGCUGCCCACGACGAGCGUGAUCGUGGUGUUCCACAACGAGGCGUGGAGCACGCUGCUGCGGACCGUGUACAGCGUGCUCCACACGGCUCCCGCACUGCUGCUCGUCGAACUGCUGCUGGUGGACGAUGCCAGCACGGAAGAUCACCUGGGCGCGCGUCUGGAGGAACACGUCUCUCACCUGGGCGGCCUGGUGCGCGUGCUGCGCCAGCGUCCGCGCCGCGGCUUAACGGCCGCGCGGCUGCUGGGCUCCCGUGAGGCUCGCGGAGACGUCCUCACCUUCCUGGAUGCGCACUGCGAGUGUUUCUCCGGCUGGCUGGAGGCCCUGCUGGCGCGUGUGGCCGAGGACCCGCGGCGCGUCGUCAGCCCCGAGAUCGUCACCAUCGACCUGGACUCGUUCGAGGUGUCGCGCCCGGCCCCGCGCGGCCACGAGCCCAGCCGCGGCAACUUCGACUGGACGCUCACGUUCGGCUGGGAGGCCCUCCCGGAGAGCGAGCGCCGGCGGCGGAAGGACGCCACGGAGCCCAUCAAGACUCCGACCUUCGCGGGGGGUCUCUUUUCAAUCUCCAAAGAGUAUUUUGAGUACCUGGGCACCUAUGACAAUCAGAUGGAAAUCUGGGGAGGCGAGAACAUUGAAAUGUCAUUCCGGGUGUGGCAGUGCGGCGGGCAGCUGGAGAUCGUGCCGUGCUCCGUGGUGGGCCACGUGUUCCGCACCAAGAGCCCACACUCAUUCCCGGCCGGCGCCUCCAUCAUCACGCGCAACCUGGUGCGCGCCGCCGAGGUGUGGAUGGACGAGUACCGGCACAUCUUCUACCGGCGCAACCGCGAGGCGGCGCGCAUAGCCAGCCAGGGGGAGUUUGGAGACAUCUCGGAGCGACUGCGCCUGCGAGAGCGUCUGCAGUGCAGGAACUUCACGUGGUACCUGAACUCCGUCUACCCCGAAGCCUUCAUCCCCGAUCUCAACCCGGAGGCGUUUGGAGCGCUGCUGAACCGAGGGAGAGGCCAGUGCUUGGACACUGGCGGUGAGAGCUCCCAGGGCAAGCCACUCAUCCUCUACACCUGCCACGGGAUGGGCGGAAACCAGUACUUCGAGUACACGUGGCAGCGGGAGCUGCGGCACAGCGUGCAGAAGGAGCUGUGCGUGCACGCCACGCUCGAGGCCGUGUGCCUGGAGGAGUGCCGAUACCGUGGACACAACAGCUCGACGCCGGGCGAGCAGCUGUGGCAGCUGCGGCAGAACAAACUCAUCUACAACCCGCUGACGGACCUGUGUCUGACAGCACGUGGGGAGCACCCGUCGCUGGUGCCGUGCAACCCCCAUGACGCUCUUCAGCGGUGGGUCUUGCAGUAGUGGGAGAAACAGGGCCGCCUCUACAAAACCUUACAUCUUCCCAUCUACCCGGGGCCUUCAGAGGAAGCGUGCUGGUGUUCAUCUUCUUGGUUCUUUCGGUAAAGUCACGUA